GUAUGUUAGGCUGUCUGACCUAACAUUCGACGCUUUCAUGAAAGAAGUGUGCCUAAAAUUUAACAUACCAGAAGGCAGGCAACCAGACUUGAAGGUGUUUGACCAAUCCGACACAGAAGUUGAUGGAGAAGUCUUUGAAGAAAUAUUGAAGGAGUCACCUGGAACCUUCAAAGUCAUGUUGAGCAAAGAAGAACUAGAUGCCUCUCUAUCAUCAACAUCAUCAUCAUGCUCAGCAGCAUCUGACGAUACUAUCAUUCUGAACUUCACAAUGUGUGACCCCCCUGAAGAAGCCACUGCUGUCGAAGGAAGUCAGCCUAAAAAGCCAUGCCACAUUCAUUUUGAGGCGAAAGCGUUGAUUGAAAAAAUCCUUACAACAAAGCCUGGUGGUGAAAAAAUCAUGCAGGAGUAUGCAAAAACAAAAUCACUGAAAGAUGCCACCAGAAGACAGAUGAUUAACAUUCUCACUGCUGAGAUGACACAAACACAUGGGACAUCCCCCCCCAAAAGUGUCAGAGUGUUGUAUGCGCAGGGGAUAGUUGCUCUAUUUCCAUAUCUGGAGGACCCAUAUUCACAGCAUGGAUAUGAACAUUACUACGACCCAGAGAGUGGGUCCGGAUACCUUGCAUGGCGGUUGAAAACCAUCCAACGAAAAAGUGCAGAGGAAAGAGGUGUGUCUGUGAGCAAAUCUCCAAAAAUUGGUGGGCCAAGCCGUGUUCAACCCAGACCCUUCACUGCUGACAAAGUGUUAUCUGAUGAGGAUGUGGAAGCAGCUAUUGCCGUUUUGAAACACUCUGCUGAUGAAGACACCAUCCGUGAGAAGAUGAAAGCUACCUUCAUUUAUCGUCAGUCAAUGGUCAAUAAUGAGAAGAGAGCAGGGGAUGUGUUCUCAGUCUUCCCGAGAUUUCUAGACACACCUGGACUGAUAGAACAAGAUUUCAGACUGCUGUUUGGGGAGGCCACAGCCAACAAAUUCCUGGAAAAGUGGGCCACUAAUCUGAAAACAAAAGUGAUAACAGAAAGCCAUGGCCUGGUACCGACCACAGAGCUCUUGGAUUUAACGCGCAAUGCUGAGUCAACUGCGGAAAUUGAGAAUGGCUGGGACAGUGACAUGUCUGCUAUCUUGCUACUCCUCCAUCUCCUACCACCAUCUGCACAGGGAAGGAAGAGGCCGGGAAAGGUGUCGGCAUGUCAGGCUGUGGAACACCUCAUCAGAUUCAUAAAAGCUGGAACCAGUGUACAGCAGCACCUGGAUAACAUCAGCCAAAGCAGCCAGCCCUACCUCCUCGCUCAGGGGCCCGCAAGAAGCAGCAUUUACACCUUCUUUAUUGUGAUUGACAAGUAUGCGCUUCCAUGUAAGGCAACAGGUUCAGUGGGAGCCCUAGAUGAACUCUUUAAGGCCCAUUACGUCUUUGGUACCUCUUACAGCUCUUCCUUGGCCAACUUUUUCACUUUUCUCCAAACAACCAUUUACAACAUUGAUGUUGGGGAAACAAAGGAAACUCCCAGAGUUGUAGAGCUGCGAGCAAGAAUGGUGCGUUAGUGUCAAAUAAUGAAGAAACAGCUCCAGUCAUUCAAAAAUAUCACCAAAACGCUGGCCAAAAAACACCAGCAUCAUAUGGCAUAUCUUUGGCGAUCUUACACAACUUUUAGUCGGUUAGACAUUGGUCCUGGGAAAAUGGUGUCUUUGGAAAUGGUAAAAGGAGGUUCUGAAAUUGUCAAGGCAGUGCAAGUGCCUUCCAGUGUUCAAGUUAUGAGAGUGAAUUGGGCUAAACACAAUGGUUUUGUUUACCGCCCACAUCUGGUUAUUUGUGGCAAAGUUGAAUCUGAAAUGCCUGUCUUUUACCAGAUUGAGUCAGUGCUGAUAAUGCAUGACAAAUUGUUGCUGCUCACUUUGCCUAUCUUUACAGUCACUUUUAAAGAACAUAACCAUGCAUAUGAGGUGACCAGGACAAAAAGCAAUUUUGUGGUCUUUCAUGCUGACAGCCUGCUUUAUCCAAGGCCUUUUGACACACAAAUGUCAUAUGGAGGGAAUGACACAGCUCUCUUUGUUGUUCCAUAUUGCUUUAUCUGUUGAGCAAUAAAGCAUACUGUACUGUCA